GCGCGGGGCGGCGGCGGCGGCGGCGGGGCCGGGCCGGGCCCGGCGAGGCCGCGGGGCCAUGACCGAGUACAAGCUGGUGGUGGUGGGCGCCGGCGGCGUGGGCAAGAGCGCGCUGACCAUCCAGCUCAUCCAGAACCACUUCGUGGACGAGUACGACCCCACCAUCGAGGACUCGUACCGCAAGCAGGUGGUGAUCGAUGGCGAGACGUGCCUGCUGGACAUCCUGGACACGGCGGGGCAGGAGGAGUACAGCGCCAUGAGGGACCAGUACAUGAGGACAGGGGAGGGCUUCCUCUGCGUCUUCGCCAUCAACAACAGCAAAUCCUUCGCCGACAUCAACCUCUACAGAGAACAGAUCAAGAGAGUGAAGGACUCGGAUGACGUGCCCAUGGUGCUGGUGGGGAACAAGUGUGAUCUGCCCACGAGAACAGUGGACACAAAACAGGCCCAAGAAUUGGCAAAAAGCUACGGAAUCCCCUUCAUAGAGACCUCUGCAAAAACGAGACAGGGUGUGGAAGAUGCUUUUUACACCCUGGUGAGGGAGAUCCGGCAGUACCGGAUGAAGAAGCUCAACAGCAGCGAGGAUGGGAACCAGGGCUGCAUGGGACUGUCCUGCCUUGUCAUGUGAGAAGAUGCCAAGAAAACGUGGUUCAGGUGCAGCUGCUGGACGAGCCUCGAUCUCCUGUGCUGCCUCUCCUGCUGAUCCUUGCAGUGUUGGGGUGCAGGGACAGACUCUGGGCACCAGAGUUAAUUAGCACAAGGUUCUUCUCCGUGCUCCAUCUGAAGAGAACAUCCAUGGCAUCUACCUCCCUGCUCAGCUCACGGAGCAGCAGCACCUCGGGAUGUGCUGGGAUUCUUCUCUCACUGUUACCUGGGUUUGUUCCAGAAGAAAACCAGUCACAAAAGUGAACUAUAGAGACUAAAUGCUGUGAAAAAGAUGACACUUUACCUCUAGAGUAAAAGCUAGAAGUGCUGUGUGUCCCCUGUCUGUUGGAUUCCGUGCAGUGCUGUCAGAGGAGUGGCACAGUUGGUGUCACACGGGGUUGUGCCACCAGGAGUGCCCCUGUCCCCUCCCAGCUGGGUGUCUGCUCUCUGUGCACCUGAACAGCAGCAGUGCAACAUCUCCAGUGCCAGGAGUGCCACCUGCCCGACCCUCCAUUUCUGUAAUAAAAAGGAAAGCCUUUUCUAACUAAGUGCCUGUUUGCUAAGAAGAUUUGAAGUUGUCCCUUGGGUUGAGGAAAACCCCAAGGACUGGAAUUUCUUGGGAGCUCAUUAUGUCAAGCAGGCAAGUGUGCUGUGGGUGAUCUGGGCCUGCCAGGAUCCUCCAGCAGGAAUUUGGAGGCUGGAAGGUCCAGCAGGCACUUGUGAGACUCUGGGACAAGGGAGGGGACACACUGCAUCUGUGUUUUACUUUCUUUGUGGGUGGAACAGUUUAUACUCUGUAUUGUUUUCCUGCAGCAUUCAGAUCUCUUCCAAGUUGGACCAAACCUGUCAGCUGUUCGUUUUUAACAUGAACUGCCAGCAUUUCUGGGCAGCUUCUCACUAAUUAAUCUGGUAACUGGAGGUUGCUUUGGACAGCUGCUAUUCAGCUCUCUCUGUAACUUGCAGAUUGUUUUAUUCUGAAUUAUUUUCUUACCACAGACUGUAAAGAGUCUCUUCAAGAUGUCUCUAGACUGUCAAAUAUAGUUGGAAUUUCCUUGUCAGGGAAGGAGUGGGGGUGUUGGGGUUGACUCUGUCAGGGGUGCAGAAAGUGGCUGCUCCAUCCCUGGCAGCGCCCAGGGCCAGGUCGGGCAGGUUUGGGGCAGCCUGGGACAGUGGGAGGUGUCCCUGCAUGGCAGGGCUGGGACGGGAUGAGCUUUAAGGUCCUUUCCAACCCAAACCAUCCUGGGAUUCUGUGAUGGAGGGGAAAAGGCUGAGAGCUGCCACAGGCACCUGAGCCAGCUUCUGAUUGCAGGGUCCUCAAAAAAUGAGGCAGGAAAUGAGUUCAGUGAUGGCUCCACAGAAGGUUUGGGACAGACUGGUGGAAUUCUGAGCGAGGAAACUGUGAGCCAUUCCCUCCAGCUGAGGGAACUGAGAGCUGAGCCAGUUCCUCCCAGAACAAAACCUCCUCCCCUGGUGCACAGGUGUGGUCACUGCUGCAAAGGCUCCAGUGCCCUGGGUGCUGUGUCCUCCCCUCUCCUUGUGCUGCUGGGGCUGCUCAGGCUGCAGAGCUGAACUCCCAGCGAGGAGGAGGAGGAGGAGGAGGAGGAGGAAGGAGCCCUCAGCCAACAGAGGGAGCAUUUGGUCAGUGCCAGGCCCGAGGAGCAGGGCAGUGCAGGAGGCUCAGUUUCAGGCUGUUGGUGUCAGUCACACAUCUUCAUUUGGAAGGCUCGAUUUCAAAUGGGCACUGGAAAUCAGUAAACAGAGAGAGAAGAAUUUUUUCCUUUUAAUGUUGCUUACUUAACAGUCUUAAUUCUCUUCUUGAAAUGAAGAGGAUCAAACUGCAUCACAUUUUCUUUAUCUGUGAUAAUCCUUAUAAAUACUUUUUUCAAUUUAUUUUAACUUUGACUGACGUGACUGAUAAGAAUUAAAUCCACAAAAAAUUUAACAUAAAAUAUUAUUUUCCAGCACCAUACACACAAUGGUGGGCAGAAUUGUGGGGACCAUUGGCUCGAGUUUGAUGUUGCCCAGAGCAGCUGUGGCUGCCCCACUUCUGAAAGUGUCCAAGGCCAGGAUGGAGCAACCUGGGACAGUGGAAGGUGUCCCUGCCCAUGGGAUGAGCUUUAAGGUCCCUUCCAGCCCAAACCAUUCCACGACUGAUGUCAUGCUGCAGGUUAAACCUGACAGAGCUGCCACCACUGCACAGCCAGGGCUGAGAAAGCUUUGCCAGGAGGAUUUUCUGAAAACACCCCUGGGAAAUGAGAAAAGUGCACCCCUGGUCAGGUAGAUCCAGCAGGAAGGGGCAGUGUGGAGUUGUGAGGACACUGAAUGGUGACAUUCUGUCACCCAGGCCCAUGGAUGGGGUUUGAUUUCUUGGGAAAUGCAGGAAAUUGUUUCCUGUAUUUGUGAGACAUGGGAAGCCUCUGGCAUUUGAUGUUUGAAGGGUGUCUGGUCAACCUGGAGAAUUAUUUGGGUGGAGGUUCAUCAUAGCUACGCUCCACAUUCCCCAGCAUGCUCUGGUUGCCAUGAAAAUGUACCAGCUGAAGCUCCAAAAGCUGGGAAUUCUCAGCAAUGGGUGGGAACUGACUGGAAAAUGCAUCUGCUGCUCUUUGCUGUUCCCUUUCUCUUGGGCUCUAUAAAACCUGAAAAGGGAAAAAGCCCUGGUGAGGAUAGGUCUGCAGUUGUGUCACCUUUGGAACCUUUAGAAUAGAUUUUUAGGACUUUUUCAGUCUUUAGGGUGCUGCAGAGAUUACCUGCAGAGGUGACACUUCCAACUCCAUCAGUGUAGUUCCAAAUCCAGCAAAAAAAUACAAAAUCAGGGCGUUGUACUAGUCAGGAGUGUGAACUGAAUGGUUGUAAUUUGUUUCCAGCUGUCUCACAGAGAACUCUGGGUCUGGUGGCAGCCAAGAACUGGAAGGACAAAACCCUGUGAACUUUUGGGAAAAUUAUUUAGAAGAUAAGCACAGAAGGUUUUGCACAAGACAGGUCCCUGGGAAAGGUGGUUUAGUAGAUUUGGUCCAAAUAUUGUUAUUUAGAACAGCAUAACUCUGCACUAGUGCCAAGGUGAUUUAACUGCCCUGAUGGGCAGAACAGACAUGAACAACUUUUGAGGUAAAAUGUUAAAAAUAUUAAAAUAUUUUAAAAGGGUAAAGCUCUUGUUCAGAACUUCCAAGUGCCAAUGACUGGAACAAAUGUUUCUGUUGCUGUGGCUGAGCACAGCUCAGUGGAACCAGUGGAAUUCUGUGGUUGUUUCUCUGUGUCCUCACUCAAACAAAUUUCUUGCUCAAACAACUGCUCAGAUUCUGUCCUUGUCCUUGCUGGCACUUUGGAUUUUAAGCAGGAUGUUUAAGGUGAGAUAAUUUUUAGUGCAGCUCAGCCUUCAAAUUGGAUUUCGAGCAGCCUCAGGCCUGUGGGGGAAGGAGAGCAGUGGAAGUUUGAAUCAUAUUCUGACCUGACUGUGCUCCUCAAAAACCCCAAACCUUGAGUGUGUGCCUGUGUGUAACCCUCAGGAUGGUGGGGAAAUGUUGGGAUCUGGACUUUUAACCCAAGGGCUAAUUUGUUGUCACUUUGUUUAAUUAUUUGCUUUCAAUAAUGCAUCUCUUUUGGUUUGAAUUGAAGUAAAUUAUUUUGCUUCUUAAAUAACUUUUUUAAAGAAUAAACUUUGAAUUCUUUGGUUGUUUGA